AUGGCGGCUCUCGAGCACUAUCUUGCGUCGCGCGGAACAGCAACAUCAUCAGCCCUAGGACCCGGCGCCGUUAUUACCAUCAUCCUCUAUUUAAUUGCUGCCGUGUUGGUGCAAUAUGUCUAUGGCCAAGUCUUCACUAUGCUUGCUGCUGUCGAAGACCCUAGUCCGAAUAUCUACAUGCACGCUAGCAUUAACGCCGUUGAGAAUUCCAUCGACAAAAGGCCCAUAACCAGCUCCCCUAGCAGCAUAAUCAAACAUCUCAAGGCCCAUGGCGGUCGUCUAUCUUGUUUUCGUGGCUUCUGGUUAUACCUGCUGAUUAGUGUUACCGGAGGUAUCAUCGUGUCUCUAUUUUGUCUUUUAGGUUCAGUGGGUUAUCACUUAGGGUCAUUCAUGGCUACACCCAUUGUAUCCGCCCUUCAAGUUGGCUGGAUUCAUCUUGUCAUUUCGAAGCCAUCAACAAAGACACUUUGGUCUCGCAUCCCGCCCUUUCGCUGGAUCUGGUGGUCCAGGAUUGCUUCAGCUGCUUUCCUGCGCUCCAUUGCUGUUCAACUUGUCGCGUGGGUUAUUGCUCCCAUCGCGUCCACCAUGAGCACCGGCCUAAUUCCCAACCGUGACAAUAUAUAUCAAUAUGUAUUUGGAAAGGUCGGUCUACUGAGUCUUGGUCUGAUACUCUAUGUCCUUAUCCAAAUGCCCGCUGAAGCUACAUUUAUUCGCGUGGCUGCAUCUAUGCUACCAGACGAUGACGAGACUAUUGUUCCCUUUGAUCGCUCCUUUGGUGGCAAAGUAACCCCUAAAAUUGUUGGAGGCUCAGGCAGAAUUGGUAUUCUUGACGCGUGGCGUUCCUUCAACAGAGAGUCGCAGGUGCUUGUUGUCAAGGCUGUUGGUUGGAACUUUGGCCUUCAGAUAGCUCUGCUGUUCGCGUUUGCCAUUGUUUUUAUCUUACAGACCUUGAUUUGA